UGAAGAGAGUGAAGUACUGAUUUUACUUCAGUGUCUGCCUUAUAUCUCACAGCUCAGUUUCUCUCCUUCAUUUUUACUCUCAAGCCAAACUAAGUUAAUGUGGGAAGAAGCAGACGGAGAACAGCAACCAGGAGAGAAGAUACUGGAGCUGUUAUCAUCAGUGUGCAAACGUGGAACUUUCCCUUUUACUUACAGACAGAAAGCUGUUGAAUAUCAGUCUGACUUCCUGCUGGAUGUGUACUCCCACGUAAAGGACUGUGAGACUAAAACAGGCUUGAGUGUCCUUCCAUCAUUACAGUCAGUUUUCCAGUCAGCUCCUGCAGUCUGGUCCAUAAACCUCUCAGAGAGAAAGACCUCCAUCCUCCUUGAAGUGCUGAAACUCCAACCAGAGAAGAAACAUGUGGAGCUGACACAGUACACUCAUAAAAAGAGUAAAAUUAGGAGUUUCCUGCAGUGUCUGCCUUAUAUCUCACAGCUCAGUGUUUAUUUUGAGGAUUCAGAUGAAGAAAUCAGGUUCUUUGUGAAUCUGUUCUGUGCAGCAGCAGAGAGAGAACAGCAGACAGGAGAGAAGAUACUGGAGCUGUUAUCAUCAGUGUGCAGCUUUGAUACAUUCCCUUUUGAUGACAGAUACAUGGAUGACGAUGAUAGGAAAUAUCGGUGUGAUCACCUCCUGGAUAUGUGCUCUGAUGUGAAGGACUGUGAGACUAAAACAGGCUUGAGUGUCCUUCCAUCAUUACAGUCAGUUUUCCAGUCAGCUCCUGCAGUCUGGUCCAUAAACCUCUCAGAGAGAAAGACCUCCAUCCUCCUGGAAGUGCUGAAACUCCAACCAGAGAAGAAACAUGUGGAGCUGACACAGUACACUCAUAAAAAGAGUAAAAUUAGGAGUUUCCUGCAGUGUCUGCCUUAUAUCUCACAGCUCAGCUGUGAUCCAGACUUCUUCCAGAGUGUGUGUACAUCCAUGUCUGUAAGAUCCAGAGAGGAGGCCCAGCAGCUGGAGUCUCUGCUGCAGCUCCUGGGGUUCCAGCUGCUGUUAACAGGAGAGUUACACAGGAAAAGCUGCUGGUCUGUGGGGAGAGUUCUCAAACUGUGUGGCUCUAAAGUGGAUCUCAUCCUCACACCCAGCAAGAUGUCUGCCAGAGGAGCCGCUCUCCUCUUUAGACACGCAACACAACUACACAGUCUGAGGCUUUCCAUCGACAUGUCCUUGCUCCUGUUUCAGUGGGUAAGAAGAGGCAGAGUGGUCUGUCCGCUGGCUGUUGAAGAGCUUUCUCUUCUGCCUAAGAAAGCCCGACCAUCACAGAGAGUAAUGUUGAGGGCUGUCAGUAGUUUGGCUUCCCUGCUGAGAUACUGGACAGUCGGACGGUUAGACCUGACUGAGACCUGCAUCCCUGCUCAGGGUCUCAUUACACUGCUGCUCCAUGAUGGUCCUCUAACAGUCAAACUGAGUGAAGAGAGCUUCCAGCAGGUUCUGUGUCUCCUCCAUGAAAUCCAGGACAAGGACUUGACGUUGUCCUUCUUGAGUAAGGUUGGUGGAGACCUGACCUCCUGCUGUCUGAACUGGGAGCUUCUUCACUAUCUGCUGCAGCAGUCGUCAGCUCAGACCAUCACUGUGAACCUGAGGAAGAACCUCUUCUUACAGGAGGAAACCACACGUCUGCUUCCCUUUCUGGACAGGAUUGUGUUUAAAAGGCCCAGUCCCAGCUUUGUGCUGAGCUCCAUCAGAGAGCUCUACAGAGCUCAUGACAGUCACGCUGUACCCAGUUUACUGAGGUCAUUUGGUCAUGUGAUCAACCUGAGCUGCAGAGAGCUGGACUCAGUGGACUGUGCUGCUCUGAUCUUCAUCCUCAAACACGGAGACGGAGUCAAACUGAACCUCCUGUGGACCUCCAUACCAGCAGAGGGAGUAGAGUCCAUCCUCUUCAUGCUGGACAAAGUUUCUCAUCUCAGUGUUGACAGGAAUCAGCUGCUGAGGUUCAUCCACUGCUGUGCUGCCUGUGACGUCCAGCAGGAGGCAGCGUCAGGCCUGCUGAGGACUCUGCAGCACAGCUUGGAUCUGUCCUGCUCCUCCUGUGUGGAGCUACCAGAGGAGGAUCAGCCUGAGCCUCUGAGUCUGACUGCUGAUGACUGCAGGGCCGUCUCCACCAUCAUGACACACAGCAGCCGGGACACACAGCUCGACCUGCGAGACUGUGAGGUGGAGGACAGCGUGCUGGACCUGCUGUUUCCUGUCCUCCACAGGGUCCGCCUGAGAGUCAGUAAAACUGUCCUCCUCCAGCUGCUGUCUCUGGUUCCUGUGAACAGUGAGAGGGACACAGUGAGGCGGGCGGUGUCCCUGUGUAGAGCCCUGGGUGGAGAGCUGGAUCUCAGUCACAGCACGCUGGAUCAGAGGGCCUGUGGGGCUUUGGUCCAGAUGCUGGACUCGUGUGAAGGGCUGACAGAGCUGGACCUCAGUCACUGUCAGCUCACUGACCAGCUGCUGCUCCCUCUCAUCACACGUCUGCACAAAGUCCAAGUCCUGGAUCUGAGUCACAAUCAGAUCACUGAUGCUUCGACUGAUGUGUUACUGCAGCUGCUCUCCAUCAACCCCUCCAUCGACUGUGUGCGACUCUACAGCAACAACAUCGUGCACAGAGCAGCCUUCAAGGAACACAAGCAGUUUGAGAUCUGGUGAAGCACUCGUCACCAUCAUCAUCAUCAUCAUCGUCAUCAUCAUCAGGGACCUGUGGUUUUAUGGUCUAGAAUGUUUUAUUUUGCUUUAUUGUAUUUCUUUAUUAUGUCAUUAUUAAAAAUAGUAUUUCUAUAGAGACGAGCGCAUCUCAGACUGUUUCUGAAAGUUCUGCAGAUUUUUGUUUUAUGGAGCUCUGAUUGAAGCUAUGCAACAGUCAUCCUAAUGUUUACACAUCAGAUUUAUUUAUCGUGAUUAAAUUAUUUUCAAAUAGUGAAAAAAUAAAGUGAUGCUGUAAUAGUUACUUUAAAGUUGUGAGUCAACUUUGUUAAUUUUUGGUAUUUUUGCAAUAACUGCACUGAUUUUGUACUUCAUGUGUGAGUCUAAACAUAAAGAUGUUGUAAUGAUUUUCACAGUAGUCAUGCAAUAACAUUGCAGUCAGGUGGCAUGACAAUAAAGAUACCAGUGAGGGUCAUUUCUUUAUUUUAAAUGAACUAAUGCCAGAAAUAAAGGUGUGAUGUAAAACAUGGUGCAUAUUUGGAUUGUAUGAAAUACAUGUGAAAAUCAAAUCAGUUUACAGACAUCAUUUUUAAUCAUGUAAAUGUACAAAAUCUGAUCUUGUCUGAAAAGACUUUAUAAAAAUGUAAAACUUUCUUUAAAAAUGGUGCACUAAAAUUUCACAUGACUCUUACAUUUUUUGAUAUAGGAAUCAUAAUUAUAUAACAACAAUGAGAGUGGUUUUAUUAUCACAUACAUAUUAAGAGACAGUAUGUCAUCACACAACACUGAGCAGGUUUAGUGAGAUUAAUAUUGUUUAGCACUCAGGAUACAGAGUGUCUGUUAACAUUAAGAUUUUAACACGCCUCAAAUCAUCAUCUGUAGUUCAGUCUAUGCACACACAUUUGUUGUUUGCAAAACUUGUGUAUAUGAUUUUAAAAUUGACAAUUUAUAUUUGCAUUCAAAGUUAUGAAAUAUGAUUCAAUAAACAUGUUUGUGGUUGUUACAGUAAAAAAUAUAACUAUUUCUA